CGCCGUUUCCGUCUCCGUCGUCGUCGUCGUCGUUAUCGUUGUUACAGAUUUGGUUUCAGAAAAUUUAUUAUCGGCAAAAUUUUACUAUUUAUACUCGGUGAUCUUCGGACGGGUCGGACUGACGUCGUUGCGGACACGCGGGUGUCGUUGAAGAGCGAGACUUCCGAGGCGUUUGGUACCCAUGUAUACCACACUCUCCUCACACCACCGCCGUGUCGUGCCAGUAUCCGCUUCCCCUCGUUUAGUGCUUCGUUGCUCUAUAGCUCUUCCGUUCCGUCAGCAGGUAAUGCGAGAAGACGCGGACAAGGCAGGAGCCCGCGUAAAAUUUCACACCGUGCGUGGUCGCGGGGCUCGGUGAGUAUGCGCCUCGUACGAACGUCGAUAUCGGACUGAGCCGACGCUACGCUAGUGCGCGACGAUGUGCGCGAGGGAGCGGACCUACGGAACGGGAACCUCUGGAGCGACAUCGACGUCUGUACAAUACGACGAAGAAAUUGAAGCACGUGUCAGAAAUGACGAACCCACGGUGAAUAGAUCGCCGAUCUCGUCUUCAAUUGCCAUGCCGCAUCCUUCGCCGUGCAAAAUAAGGUACGUGUUAGGUACGUAUAUACUCUCGUCCUUUGCCACCCGUCUAACAUCGCAUACUGAAGUGGUUAUACAAGCCUCACAAUGGUCAUUCAACUUCUUUCUGCGCGUCGGUCCAAAGCAUUUUUGUACUAUUAUUCUGAAUGGUACCGCGUCCCUUGGGAAUAAACGCAGGAUUAGGCGGACCUCAAACCGGUAACGGGCCUAUUCCACGAGAUUCUCACGACGAAAUCCUUCGAUACUUGACAUCAUCUUAAUCGCAUUUACAAUUUCUUUUGGAAAGAAUGAAAGAGAGAAUGUUAUUACAAAUAAAAAUUGGAAAAAGCGGCAAAUACGAGUUAGCGCGGUAGAGAGAACGGAAUAAUGAUUAAAAAACAUUUGUCAAAAUAAUGAAAUUAUUCUCAAUUCUCUCUAUAGGAAAAGUACAUUUUCUCGCGCACAAUUUUUUACAUCGGAGUUCCAUCACAAUGAGAAGAAUAUAUCUAUUUGCGUACUAUUAUUAGGUCAACAACUGUGUCAAGGAUGCAUUACCGCGAUGCAUACUGAAGAAAUCAAUUUGUUUAAUAAAUGUAUGCCACGAUCACAAAACUAUUAUUACUAAUGCUGAUAAUGCGUUCGUAAAAGAUUUGCUUCGUGAGAAUACUCGA